AUGUGUGACCACUCUGAACCCGGCACAAUUCAACACGUCAACGGCACUGCGCCGGACACCCACGUGCCCAUCGACACCUCGGCUCCCAACACCAACGGCGUCGCCGCCAACAAGGACAAUGGCAACGCCGGCUCGGUGCAGCCCUUCAACACGCGUUACUCGGACUUUCUCAGCAACACAUCCAACUUCAAGAUCAUCGAGUCCACCCUGAGGGAGGGCGAGCAGUUCGCAAAUGCCUUCUUCGACACCGAGACCAAGAUCAAGAUUGCCAAGGCGCUCGACAAGUUUGGUGUCGACUGCAUCGAGUUGACCUCCCCUGCUGCUUCCGAGCAGUCCCGCAAGGACUGUGAGGCCAUCUGCAAGCUCGGCCUCAAGGCCAAGGUUAUCACCCACAUUCGAUGCCACAUGGACGAUGCGAGGAUCGCCGUCGAGACUGGUGUCGACGGUGUCGAUGUCGUCAUGGGCACCUCCAAGUUCCUCCGUGAGUUCUCGCAUGGCAAGGACAUGACCUACAUCACCAAGACCGCCAUCGAGGUCAUCCAAUUUGUCAAGAGCAAGGGCAUCGAGAUCCGUUUCUCCACUGAGGACUCGUUCCGCUCCGACCUCGUCGAUCUGCUCAGCAUCUACCAGGCCGUCGACAAGGUCGGCGUCAACCGUGUCGGUAUCGCCGACACUGUCGGUGUCGCCAACCCAAGACAGGUGUACGACUUGGUGCGAACCCUGCGUGGCGUGGUCGGCUGCGACAUCGAGUGCCACUUCCACAACGACACGGGCUGUGCCAUCGCCAACGCCUACACUGCGCUCGAGGCCGGUGCCACCCACGUCGACACAUCCGUGCUCGGGAUCGGCGAGCGCAACGGUAUCCCUUCGCUCGGUGGCUUCAUCGCACGCAUGUACACCGCCGAUCGCGAAUACGUCAUGAGCAAGUACAACCUCAAGGCGUUGCGUGAAGUCGAGAACCUCGUCGCCGAAGCCGUUCAGAUCCAGGUGCCCUUCAACAACUACGUCACCGGCUACUGCGCCUUCACCCACAAGGCGGGCAUCCACGCCAAGGCCAUCUUGGCCAACCCAUCGACGUACGAGAUUAUCCGUCCCGAGGACUUUGGUAUGAGCCGUUACGUCAGCAUCGGACACCGCCUGACCGGCUGGAACGCGGUCAAGUCGAGGUGUGAGCAGCUCGAGCUCAGCCUGACCGAGCAGCAGGUUAAGGAGGUCACCGCCAAGAUCAAGCAGCUGGCCGAUGUGCGCGAGCAGACCAUGGAGGAUGUCGACUCCAUCCUUAGAAACUACGCCCGUGCUGUCGAGAACGGUACUGCCUAA